GCCCCGCAGGUGCAGAGGUGCCAUGGAGGGGGAGGCUGCGGGGGCUUCCCCGGACUUCCACUUCUACCCCAUGGAUCUGUAUGACUCCGAAGACCGGCUGCACCUCUUCCCAGAAGAACCCACGCGGACGGGAAGAGAAGUCCACGCCGAGAUGGCCGGCGAGCCCGGGGGGACGGCCCCAGGUAAGGCCCAGAGAGACCUGGAGGAGGAUGUGGAUGAGCUUGUCCCUUUGUCCGCCCUCGGAGGUGCUGGCGAGUGGGGCACCGAGCUCGCCGACGGAAGCGCACCCCACAUGGAGGUUUUGGACCAUCGGCUGCACGGGGUGCAGAGGGACUGGCGACUGGGGGCCGAGGCCGAGGCUGGGGACCGUGUCUGUGCGGGCCGGGGCGCCGCGGGCUCCAGCCGGGACCUGCGAGAAGCCUACAGGUACGCGCACGGCCGAGCCAGCGAGGAGUACGAGUGCUACGUCAUCCCCGAGGAGGAGGACGAGGACGAGGACGAGGACGAAGCCGCCCUGGUCUUCUGCGCCACUUGCAGAGCUCCAGUAAGGGCGGUGGAGGUUUCGGACGAACACAGAGAGCAUGAGGUGACCCCGCUCAGCAAGGCACUGGAGAGCGCCAAGGAUGAAAUUCACAAAAACAUGUUCAAAUUGGAAAAGCAGAUUAUCGAGAUGGAGAAUUUUGCAAAUCACUUGGAGGAGGUUUUCAUCACCGUGGAGGAGAACUUCGGAAGACAAGAACAAAACUUUGAGUCACAUUACAACGAGAUCUUGGAAACACUCGCUCAAAAGUACGAAGAAAAAAUACAAGCUCUAGGGGAGAAAAAGAGAGCGAAGUUGGAAGCCUUGUAUGGACAGCUGGUCAGCUGUGGGGAAAACCUCGACACCUGUAAGGAACUCAUGGAAACCAUAGAGGAGAUGUGCCAUGAGGAGAAGGUUGACUUCAUCAAGGAUGCUGUGGCCAUGGCUGACAGACUUGGAAGAUUCUUGAAUAAAGAAACAGACGUGGAGAUUGCUACACAGCCUGACUUUGAAGACCAGACUCUGGACUUCUCUGACGUGGAGCAGCUCAUGGGCUCCAUUAACACCAUCGCUGCUCCUUCUGCUCCAGAGAUAAACCCACAGGCCCCCAACUCUGCCACGGGGUCCUCCGUCCGAGUGUGCUGGAGUCUAUACUCUGAUGAGACCGUGGAGAGCUAUCAGCUGUCCUACCGGCCAGUGCAGGACAGCUUGCCUGGGAAGGACCACGCAGAGUUUACAAUGACUGUCAAAGAAACCUACUGCUCAGUGACAAAUCUUGUGCCAAAUACCCAGUAUGAAUUUUGGGUCAAAGCUCAGAACAGGGCCGGCCCCAGCCCCGCCAGUGAGCAUGCGGUGUACAUGACAGCGCCUUCCCCUCCCAUCAUAAAAAGCAAAGAGAUACGGAGCUGCGAAGAGGCUGCGCUCAUCUGCUGGGAGUCUGGAAACCUGAAUCCCGUGGACUCGUACACGGUGGAGCUGACCCAGGCGGAAACCCCUGAAGCAUCGGGCGUGACCGAGUCAGUUGUGGGCAUCCCAUCCUGCGAGUCCCUGGUGCAGCUGCAGCCCAGGCAGACCUACACGAUCUACGUACGAGCCCUCAACGUGGGGGGUCCCAGUGCAAGGAGCGAGCCCAUGACAGUGCAUACCACAGGUAGCUGCUUUCCCCUGAACCAGCACACCUGCCAUCCCUGGCUGACCCUUUCUGAAGACGGGUUUACGGUCAUGCGACGCGAAGGGAAAACCCCCGCGAAGGAGCCGCUCCCUGGCAACACCCAGUUUACCAGGUGUGUUGCCGUCAUGGGGAAUCUAAUUCCAAUCCGAGGGCGCCACUACUGGGAGGUGGAGGUGGACGAGCGUGCCGACUACACGGUGGGUGUGGCCUUUGAAGAUGUCCCUAAACAGGAGGACCUGGGAGCAAACUGCCUGUCUUGGUGCAUGAGGCACAGAUUUGCAUCAUCGAGGCAUAAGUAUGAGUUCCUGCACAACAAGACGACUCCAGAUAUAAGAAUAACAGUGUCCCCAAGGAAGAUUGGUGUUCUAUUAGACUAUGAAAAUUCAAAAUUGUCAUUUUUCAACGUGGACAUUUCUCAGCACCUUUACACGUUCAGCUGUCAGCUCCACGGAUUUGUGCAUCCCUGUUUUUCUCUGGAAAAGCCUGGCUGUCUGAGGAUACGGAACGGCAUUGCAAUGCCAAAGCACGUCACUUUCUAUUAG